AUGGGGGCUAUUCAGCUCAGACGACAGACUAUGAACCUCAUCUUUAAACAUAUCUUCAGGGAGGGGAAUUCUGUUGCAGAUGCAUUGGCUAGGCUGGCUAGUGAGGGUUGCCCAGAUCUUAUUUACAGAAUCCGUCCAGAUCUGCCGAGGUCUGUUAGGGGUGCACUGGUGCUAGAUAAUGCUGGGAUUGGAGCGCUCAGGUUUGAUCGGCCGGGUUUGGAUUCAGCCCUGGUUGAAGUGGUUGCUGGGCCAAGGGGCCGUGAGGAUGCUGCUUCAGCCCUGUUUCAUCUAGCUCUGUUUUCCCAGCUCUCCCUUUCCAAAUGCAGGGUUGGGCGGCUGCUGGGUCCAUGUCUGCUCUCUCAGCUAUCAAUGGAGCCCUCCUGGGAGGAGGAGGAAACUAACACAAUUUCCAUGGAUUGGGCAUUGGUUCUAUGGCUGUGGGUUUUGGUUUUUGUUCAGAACCAUGGUCAUGGGUGUCUUGGGUGCUUGGAGGAGGAGAGGAUUUCUCUGUUGGAGCUCAAAGCUUCCAUCAAUUACCCAUAUGGGUCUUCUCUUCCUACAUGGGAGGAUGGGACUGAUUGCUGCCGUUGGGAAAGAAUCAAGUGCAACAACGCGACAGGACGGGUGACUGAAAUUUCUCUCAAUGGUACAAGGGAAUUCGAGUUGGGUGAAUGGUAUCUGAAUGCCGACAUACUUCAUUCCCUUGGAGAACUGCGGCGCCUGGAUUUUUCCUGGAAUACCCUAUGUGGUUGGGUUGGUCAUGAAGGUUUCGAAAGAUGGUCUAGAUUAAGCAAGCUAGAGCACCUUGACCUGAGCCUUAACCGCUUCAAUGAAAGCAUCCUACCAUAUUUGGGCGCACUCUCCUCCCUUAAGAGUUUGUCUCUAAAUGAUAAUUCAUUCGGAGUUCAAGACACAGCUUCUGGAGAGUGGUAUUCAUCUCCUGGAAUGUCAUAUGCGAGUUUUGAAAUGUUGUCCAGAUUGAGCAACCUAGAGCAUCUAGACCUAAGUUGGAAUCUGUUCAAUAGAAGCAUCCUACCAUAUUUGGGUGCACUCUCAUCCCUCAAGACUCUUGAUCUUAGUGAUAAUGAUUUGCAAGGAUGCUUCACUUCUAAAGAAUUGGCGAACUUGAGCAAGUUGGAGGUUUUGAAUUUGAGAUCCAAUCGACUGUCUAGCUCCCUCACCCUCCAAGUGGUAGGAGAUAAUAACAUUACAUCUUUCUGUGACAAUAUAAGCUCAGGUGCAGUAAAAGAUAGAGGUUCCGCUUUGUGCAAUCUGGAGAAUCUCCAAGAACUGGAUCUUCAAGGAAAUGAAUUGGAAGGGAGCCUUCCUCCAUGUCUCAGCAACUUGUCAUCCCUCCAACUACUUGAUGUUUCCGACAACAGACUCAGCGGGCAAAUCUCCUUGUCUCUCAUCUCCAGCCUCACAAUGCUCCGGUUCCUUUCUCUCUCUUACAACCGCUUUGAGGGGUCUCUCUCAUUUAGCUCAUUUGCUAACCUUUCUAAACUUGAGGUUGUGGAACUUUCAAUACUGAACAAAACCUAUUUUGUGGGCGAUGUUAUAACUUAUCCCGGUCAGUUGGAGGUUGAAACUGAAUCCACACCUUGGGUUCCUCAAUUCCAGUUGAAAGUCCUUCUCUUAUCAAACUGCAACAUCAACAAGCUCACUGGUGCCAUUCCCAGCUUCCUUUCCAGCCAAUAUGACCUGAGAGCAUUGGACCUUUCCCACAACAACAUGAAGGGAAAGUUCCCAUCUUGCUUCCUGAAAACUUCGGUUUUUCACUCCCACAUUUAG